AUUAGCCGAGGCGCAGUAGUGUGUCUGCUUCGGUGUUACGCGGACGUGUGCGCGAGUCAGUUUCGAAAUGGCGUUUAACGGUGACGGUCCCUUUAACAAGCGUAUGCGCACAGAUGGGGAAUCUGUGGGGCAGAAGAACCCCGUAGGCUAUAAUUCCGAAUCAGACUAUUACUACAAUGAUCCUAAUCAGCAAUACGAUGUGAGUAGCGGCCUGAUGAGCGACGCCUGUGAAGCCUCGGGAGAGAGCAGCGCCAACGGACCCUAUGGCGGUUUCAACGACUAUGAGAACCAGCCCAGAAGAAGGAAAGGAGAGCCAGAGACGCCCAACCAUGUCUUACUUAUGACCAUCUUAAAUCCAGCUUACCCCAUCACAGUGGAUGUGAUACACACCAUUUGCCAGCCCUACGGAAAUGUCCUGCGUAUUGUUAUCUUCAAGAAGAAUGGCGUCCAGGCCAUGGUUGAGUUCGACGGGAUCGAGCCGGCCACCCGAGCGCGAGAGGGACUCCAGGGCGCCGACAUCUACUCCGGAUGCUGCACCCUCAGGAUAGAGUACGCAAAGCCAACGAAACUGAAUGUGUACAAGAAUGACGCGGAGAGCUGGGACUUCACAAACCCCAAUGUUGGAAUGAAGGAACCCCAGAACAACGGCAGCGGGGGCGGCGGAGGAUCCUCUCGCCCACCCCUCCUGCAGGAGCCUCGCGGUUUCGGCAUGAACGCUGCACCCUUCAGAGGCGGCAUGAACGGACAAAUGGGCGGCCCACGCAACUCAGCCGGCGCCCUCUUCAACAGCCCCAUGCCUGACAGGUUCGGUAUGAACAAUGGAAUCAGUAACGGCGGACUGCGCGGUGGCGGUCUCGUGGGCGGCGGUGGCGGCCCCGGCCAGGGCGGUCCCUUCAUGGGCGGCGCUGGUGGACCUGGGGGUGCCUCCCUGCAGGCCAUGGGACAGCCCCAGCCGGUGCCCGUUGACGUGGGCGGGUGGCAGAUAAAGUUCCUGAAGACGAAGGAGGGAUGCGCCAUGGUCCAGAUGGGUGACGCGCUGGCGGUUGAGCGCGCUGUGGCCAACCUCAACAACACGACAUUCUUCAGCUGCAAGAUGCAACUCGGAUACUCAAAGCAGGCCUUCCUUGCUGAUGUCCAGCAGCCAUAUGACCUGCCCGAUGGAACCCCCUCCUUCAAGGACUACAUGGGCAACAAAAACAACAGGUUCAUUAACCCGGAAAUGGCAUCCAAGAACAGGAUACAGCCUCCAUCCAAGAUCCUGCACUUCUUCAACACUCCUCCUGGCCUGGAUGAGGACCAGCUUAAACAGGUGUUCAUUGAUGGGGGUGUCACAGAGCCUAAGAGCAUCAAGCUGUUCCCAUCAAAGACUGAGAGGAGCUCCAGCGGGCUCUUGGAGUUCAACAACAUCUCUGAGGCUCUGGAAGGAUUGGUGAUUGGGAACCAUGCACCCAUCCCCAACCCUAACAGCAAGUUCCCCUUCAUCAUGAAGCUGUGUUUCUCAUCCUCAAGACAUAUCCCCAACAAGAUGGCCGAGUGAAGAGCUCGCAGUACGACGGCAGCAGCAGCAGCGGUGGUGACCUGUCGUACCCGGGCCAUUUCAGUUGCUUCAUUGCUGCUUUAGUGACCUGCAGGGUACACCAGGGUUGUUGGCAGCCAGGCAGGGAAGAUCGGGGACUUGUUAACAUCUUGUUCCGUUGAUAACAUUCUUGAAGAGUGUUAGCUGGAGGACCUGGAUGUUCACGGUCUCCAUGGGGUUGUUAGCAGCUCAGUGAGAUUGUUGGCAACUUUUGGGGAGGAAAUAUUGGCCAAUUUUUUGGGGUUGCUGUAUUAUUGUGACUGUGGGGAAUUAAUGAACAGCAGCUGGCUGAUGAUGAUGAUGAUGAUGAGAGAAAGAGAAAGAGAGAGAGAGAAAGACUGCUGGCUGUGUAGUUUUUUGAGAUGGUUGUUAGGGACAUUUCGCAGCACUUCUCCCCCCCCUCCCCCCUCCCCCGCCAGCACCCAUGGUGAGGAGGGGGGGUCGGUGUUUCUCUUCUUCCCGCUGGACUCCCUCAGGGACUCUUCACUGGCAAUGCCCCACUGGAGGCUCACUGCAGAUCAAAUUCAGGAAGCUUCAGUUUUUUUAUUUUUUUAUUUUUUUUAUUUAUUAUUAUUAUUUUUUUUUCUUCUUUAUUUGUACUCGGUAAAUAUUAUUAUUUGUAAAGAAGCUUUGAUGUAAUAAGUAUCAUCAUCAUCCCCCCCCCCCCCUGCCCCCAUAAAAAACAAACAAAAACAAAACAAAAAAAAAGAACAACCCUCAGUCUUUUCUAUGGUGACUGUCAAGUGUUUUAUGCUUUGUAGUUUGUGUAAAUGAUAAAGGAAAAGUCUUGUAAAAUUUAGUAAGAAUUUAGUUAACAGUAUAACCCAGAUUUUACUAGAAAUGAUGACAAGUUACUUGUAUUCUUGUGUUACCUUGCAUAUUGUCAUAGGAAAUAUGCUGUUCUUGACCUUAUUUUUUAGAGAAAUAAAAAUGUAAGUGGUAAUUUUAUGUCUAAUGUUUUCCUGAGGAGCCCAGCAGUUGUGGUAGGAUAAGUGCAGUAUAAACCCUCCUUGAGUUGGAAGCUUGGGCAGUACCCCACUGUCCGUCCUACGCUCUCUCUAUAUCACUAUUAUCAUUAUUCUGUAUCACGUGAGGAGGAGAAACCGGGUAAACUUUCAUUUGAUCAUUUAAACAAAGAGGAAAAAGAAGAAAAAUUUAAAGACAGGUAUAUAUCUUCCUUUUCAGCUUUAUGCCCCUUGUAUUUAUUUAUUUUUAUAGGGCUUGUCAUUACUGAUUACCAAAGUGUUCAUGAAUUCUUGGACAAAGGAAGGGAAGAAGUAAGUACUUUUUUCCCCAAGUGAAUCAAUUGUGGUAAAUUAGAGCCUUUUUUAAUUUUUCAUUAUAGAAGAGGCUUGUGCAAAAAAAUGGUUUCAAAAGUAAUUAUGUCAAAAAAAGAAAAAAGAAGAAAAAAGUUUUCCCGGUUGCCUUCCAUGCUCAUGCAGUGAAAUGUACAAUACUGUUCAAGAAUAGUGUGUUAUGUUUCUAAAAUUAUUCCAUGAUUAGGCACAAUUAUUAUUAUUCUCUUUUUGGAACUGUUUACUCUAUAUGAUACUUAUAUAUCAGUUCACUUGUACUCUUUAUGAUGGAUUCAGAUCCUUUUCAUUGGUAUGUUAAGAAUAGGUCACCAGUUCUUAUAACACGGAUCUUACCUGAUAUUAUGAACGUGUGUGUUGAUAUCAUGAUGUAGCGUACUAGAGGUAUCUGGUCUUUGUUGCAAUAAUAGUCAUAGAAUUGGCCAUUGUAAGCCUUUGCACGUGCUGGACAGUGCGGCCCGAUGUGGCGUAUCCCCUGCCCAGCGCGCUUAGGAGCCCUGCGGCCAAGGAUACCUGUGAGGUUCAUAAUGGCCGAUCGUAUGACAAAUAGUCUUACACUGAAGAUGACCCGAUGUAAGUUAGUAGGAGGCAAUGUUAGUGGCAACAAGGAUACAUUGUUGGUAAAUGUAGCUGUAAAUUGGUAAAGCUUGGACGCGAGGGCAGGCUGUGUAAACAAGCAAUUAUUGAUAUACUUACAGUCCUGGCUUGUUGCCCUGCCCCACUGUCAAAGCAUAAGUGUUUUAGAAUAGCAUUUUAAUGCUUUUUCAUUUUCUUUUUUUCUUUUUUCUUCUUUUUUUUUUCCUUUUUUUUCUUUUUUUUUCCUUUUUUUACUUUUCAUUUUACAUUAUUUUAAGUAGGUGGUAAAAUGGUGUCGUUAUAAUUAGUUUUUGAGUGUAGAGCAAGCAAGCUCGUAGCCUAUGAUUGCAACAGGAUAUGACAAAAGCUCUGUCAGUCCAGUAAUCAUUUCUGGUUUGUGCCACACUAUUUGUUUUGCCUCUAACAGUAAUUCAAUAAAGUUUUGAGUGACCAAAUUAAAAAACAUGCAGACAAGAAGUUCAAGCAAAGAUUGAGAUGUUCAGCGCGGUUUUUUGCCAACGGGUAAAGAUUCAUGUUUUGGCUCUAGCCAGCUCUGAUAUAAAGAAAAAACUUUUAUUAGUGUAAUAACUAGUCAGGAACACUUAAGGUACUUAAUCUAGGGCUUUAAUGAUGGCAAAUACUAGUUUUUUUUUUAUUAUUUGACAUUCUUUCACUUGCAAUCAGAAAACAAAAAACAUUACACAUGACUUUUCUUGAACUUCCCAUCUACAGACAUGGCUUUCACUCACACCCGCAGCCAGAGAAACAAGACUACAGUAAACCACAGAGCCAAACACCCAGGAUUACAGCAUGUUCAAACAUAAUUGUUAUUGUUGGAAGGGGAUAAUCUAUUUUUCCCAGGAUUUCACUUGUGCCAGGCUUGAGUUUGCGAAAGAUUCAUUUUCAAUUUGGUUUUAGUGUAGUACCUCAAGAUGAUUAGAUACGGUACUUUUUUACAGUUUAACGUUUGUUUCUUGUUUUAACAAAAGCUGCAUACUCAGUUUGAAUAUAUAGUGACCAGUAAGUAGUCAAACAAUAUUUUCCAAAUUUCUAUGACACUUUCUAUGACCUAAUCUAAUGUGUGUACAUGUCCUUUCCCCUUGCGCAACUUGUCGUGUCUCAUGGCUGAUGUCAUUCAUAGCCGGUGUCAGACUCUGCCGUUGUCAGUCUUGGGUCCACCAUCCAGCCAUUUAUCAGGGCAUAAUAACGCUAUGUAACAGUAAGUUUGCUACAUCGUGCAGGGUUCUCUCCUUGCAUGAUAACCUGCAACGUGUCUGCACCGUCAUUCCUUGGUCAUAUAUCCUUGAGUGCAGAUACUUCAUCGCCUCCCUUAUGCUUUCAACCCAAUUUUCCUGGUAAACUUUACAGCAUUGAGCUUAACUGUGUAUAUACAGUAUAUAUAUAUAUAUUGGCUGGAGAGAGACCAGCGUAUUGUCAUGACAUUCAACCGUAUUCUCCUUUGUGAUAUCUUCUUGAAUAACGAUGUGUUUACCAGAAAGAUUUGGCCUGAUAUGACCAGCCGACACUGCUACAUGGGAGAGGAACAUGAGGUCAUUAAUAGAGCAAUUCAGUCCAUUAAGAGCAGAUCACUAGUUCACAUUUAUAAAGAGCAAAUCAAAAAAAAGAAAGAAAAGAUUUAUUAUACAUAAGAUGCAGUAUUUUUUUAACUGUUAGUGUUGCCAUUCACUGUUGGAUCGUAGAUGUAGACAGGUGGACGGAGAAGCCUUAACCAUAGGCUUCUUAAGCUCAGAUUCGAUGAUUCAGCCAGGUUCUUUGACUUCGGGGUAGGGAAAGACCGACUUCAGUUAAUUUCUCCCUUGAAGAGUUUUCCAAAGACAACAAAUUUUGACUAAAAAUGACCCCUAUUACAAUGGGAAAAACUAACAACCAAGCUUUAUGUAGAGCUGUUUGAUGUGGAUUAGGAACAGUCAACAGUACAAGCACACCACAUGAAAAUACUAAACAGAUAAACAAAAGAAACUUGUGGGCAGUCAUACUACAUGCAAUUCUGGAAAACAGGUUAUGGAUGACAUGUUAGUGUGUACACUCACCUCACAUACAGGAAUGGAACCUAACGAGCUUUUUAUUAAUUUUUCUUUUGUUCUUUGGUUUUGCUGGACUAUAAGCCUCCUGAGGUAUUUGUUAAUUAAUUCAAGUUCAAAGCCAACUUGGUACAAAGCACGAUUGUACUGAGGUAAAGCAAGCCUGCCAAAUAUGUAGACUUUUUCGAGGGGUGCACCGCUACCCACCCAUCACGGCCAGUGCGGCGACCCACGAGACUGCCGGCAGUCACUGGAGGACUUGGGCUGCGGGAUGGAAACGCCCGAGUUGCCGCUGCUUGUAAUACUUGGUAAUUAUAGUAAUUUGUACAUAUUUGCAUGACUGAUGAGGCUUGCUUUGGGGAAAUCGAGCCCACUGGCGGUGGUGGUGAUGAUCUUUAGGUGACCUCAGGUGCGGUCGCGGCCACAGAGCAAAGGCAGUAGCGGCAGAGCUUUGGAGUGGGUAUAGCACGCUACGAGGUUAAGAAUUGGUUGUCUGGCUCCAGUAGCUGAAAAUCUGGCGGUGAAGUAGCGAGUUCGGGCAGUGGUGUGCCCCUCUCUCCUCCGUGCCAAGCGUGGUUGUGUCUGAGGCCGCGUGAGUGAGGCGACGUAACUGCUACGUCACGUUCACCUUGGUGUAGGUGUCCCCGUGUGAGCGGCCAGGGAGGCGGUCCUUCCCCACCCUCGCCCACUGGCUCCUCGGCCGCAGGACUCCGCUCAUAAAGCAAUACCGACCUGAGCCUCAGGUCUGACGGCGCCCUCCCUGCUGCGCCCACCUGGACGACUAGGCUGUUUAAAUGGUUUAAUCUCUGAUAAGUCGUUGAAAUGUCGUUGCAAAAUGUGCUUACGUAGAGAAUGUUUAUUACUCUUCUUGAAAUCGUCCCAAUAGAGUGAAUCACUUGAUGCAUAUCAUAGCACUAAGGUUUACUGCGCCCCGUGCCAGUACCACAGGGACGGUGCCGAGCCGACGGCCAUCCGGCACAGCCUGUCUCGCGAAGGCCGUGCAAACCUCGCUCGAGGGACAGCGACCCUUCUGCGUUCCUCGCACGCCCACUCGCCGGAAAGACCUGGGCGUCGCCGGCUGUCGACGUGUAGCUUUGGCUCCGCAGCAGCCUGGCUCGACGGGUGUGCGUGCGAGGAGAGGCGUGAAGGCGGCGGUCCGGCUGACGGGACGGGCUGUGCUCGGGUCCGGCCGGCCUCCAGACCCGGCGCUCGCCCGCGUGCGGCGCCGGCGCGAGGCGUGUCCAGUCCCGGCCAGCCCGCGCAUGGCGGCGGCUGCGGCACUGACCCGACAUCCCCCCCACCAUCCCUGUUCCAGGAUUGCGGAGUUAUUUUAAAAGCAUAACAUGAUAUUUUAAUUUCCUUUAAUCCAUAUGUUGUUUGUAAGAAUUUUAAGGAAUAAAAUGAAUAAUACUUUAGUAUAAAAGAGAGAAAA